CUGCUGUCAACAUCCAGCAUGGCGGACGCGGACAGCCAGAGAUGUGUGAGCGCUUUAUUAAACGGAAUAACGCAGAGACUUUAUUACGGAAACACCGAAAUAACGGAGGAGUUUCUGAAGAAUGAGCUAUACGCGGAGAUGACGGAGGACGAGUUCCGUGCGCUUCACGACAAGAUGAGGUCGCUUCUGAAGUCUAUUGCAUCAGCAGACAUGGACCAGGCACAGCUGGAGGCUUUCUUGACGGCGCAGACUCGGAAGCAGGGAGGUGGAGCUGUGAGUCCAGAGCAGGCGGCUGCUCUGGCACGCUUCUGGAAGACCCACCGGUCACGGGUACGAGAGAGCCUGCUGGCCCAGAGCCGCUGGGAGCCGGGCCUCCGGGGCCUGAAGUGGAGGGUGGAUCUGCACACAUCGGCCAGCAGGGGGCAGGUGUCCAGCAGCCCUGUGGCUCUGGUGGAGUUGGAGCUCGGUCGCACUGGAGAGGGCUCAGAGUUUGUGUGUGUGGAGUUUGAUGAGCAGAAGGUGAAUCUGGUGCUGAAAAAGAUGGCAGAGCUUCAGGAGAGCAUCAACAGCAUCGUUCACCGCAGCUAGAGCUUAUCCACCUGUGUAUGUGUGUGUGUUUGUGUUUGUGUGUGUGUGUGCGUGUUUGUUUGUUUGUAAGUUUGUGUUUGUAAUGUUCUGUGUGUGUGUAUGUGUUUGUUUGGGUUUGCUUGUAUGCGUGUAUCUGUGUGUGUGAGAUAGUUUGUUUGUAUGCACAUACUGUGUUUGUGUGUGUACGUUUGUCUGUGUUAUGUUGUGCCUUCGUGUGUGCACGUGUUUGGGUUUGUUUAUAUGUGUGUAUCUGUGUGUGUGAGAGUUUGUUUGUAUGCACAUGUGUGUGCGUUUGUGUGUGUUAUGUUGUGCCUUCAUGUGUGCACGUGUGUUUGGGUUUGUUUGUAUGUGUAUCUGUGUGUGAGAGUUUGUGUGUAUCUCAUGUAUGUGUAUCUGUGCGUUUUUGUGUGUGCGAUUGUGUGUGCAUGAUGCUGUGCUUGUGUGUGUGUUUUGGGUUAGUUUGUUUGUGUGUAUCUGUGUGUGUGUGUGCGUGUGUGCGUGCGUUUAUGUGUGCGUGUGUGAUGUUGUGCCUGCAUGUGUGUGUUUGGGAUUGUUUGUGUGUGUAUAUCUCUGUGCGUGCCUGUGUGUGAGAGAGAGUUUGUGUGUAAGCACAUGUAUGUGUGUGUGUUGUUGGUGCUGUACGUUAUUCUAAUAAAUAAUAAUGGUGAAACCUCAAA